CGGCCGAGGAGGGGGGCGGGCGAUUGGGGGAGGGGGGUGACGAGCCCCGGCUCAGCACCUCGGAGAGCUCCCUCCCCGGCCUUGUUUUGCUCCGGAAUCGCUGCCGGGGGAGGGAGCGAAGGGGCCGGGCACCGAGGCGUCGAGGCCGAGAGAUGGCAGUGAAGAGGACCAGGGGCCCCUGGGGGCAGAAGGCCCAGCCGUGAUCCUGCGAGGGGGGCCCGGGCACCGGGUGGAGUGGGGGGCAGCGGGCGGCGGCAGCAGUGGCCGCACAUCUGGAUGGAAGCGAGCUUUGUCCAGACCACCAUGGCUCUGGGGCUGCCCUCCAAGAAAGCAUCUUCCCGCAACGUGAUCGUGGAGCGCAGGAACCUGAUCACCGUGUGCAGGUUCUCUGUGAAAACCUUGUUAGAGAAGUACACAGCAGAGCCCAUCGAUGACUCAUCCGAGGAGUUUGUUAAUUUCGCAGCCAUUUUGGAGCAGAUCCUCAGCCACCGAUUUAAAGCUUGUGCCCCAGCAGGUCCAGUAAGCUGGUUCAGCUCGGAUGGGCAACGGGGCUUCUGGGACUAUAUCCGGCUGGCCUGCAGCAAGGUGCCCAACAACUGCGUGAGCAGCAUUGAGAACAUGGAGAACAUCAGCACAGCUCGAGCCAAGGGCAGAGCAUGGAUCCGGGUGGCCCUGAUGGAGAAGCGUAUGUCAGAAUACAUCACCACGGCUCUUCGGGACAACCGAACUACCAGGCGGUUCUAUGACUCCGGAGCCAUCAUGCUGCGGGAGGAAGCCACUGUCCUCACGGGGAUGCUGAUCGGGCUCAGCGCCAUCGACUUCAGCUUCUGUCUAAAGGGCGAAGUUCUGGACGGGAAGACCCCGGUGGUCAUCGAUUACACGCCCUACCUAAAAUUCACCCAGAGCUACGACUACCUGACCGAUGAGGAGGAGAGGCACAGUGCCGAGAGCAGCACCAGCGGGGAGAACUCGCCUGAGCACCCCUACUUGCCUCUCGUCACCGACGAGGACAGUUGGUACAGCAAGUGGCACAAGAUGGAACAGAAAUUUCGCAUCGUCUAUGCGCAGAAGGGAUACCUGGAGGAGCUGGUGCGUCUGCGCGAGUCGCAGCUGAAGGACCUGGAGGCGGAGAACCGGCGGCUGCAGCUGCAGCUGGACGAGGCGGCCGCACAGAAUCAGCGUGAGAAGCGGGAGCUGGAAGGCGUGAUCCUGGAGCUGCAGGAGCAGCUGCCUGAUCCCCCUCCCCCUCCCAGGACAGGUCUGAUCCCCGGUGACCAUGGCCCCCUGGCCCAGGGUUCCAAGGAGCUCACCACACCCCUGGUCAACCAGUGGCCCUCGCUGAGCACACUCAACAGAGCUGAGGGUGCCAGCAACUCCAAGCUGUAUCGGAGACACAGCUUCAUGAGCACCGAGCCGCUGUCUGCAGAGGCCAGCCUGAGCUCAGACUCCCAGCGCCUGGGAGAGGGCAAGAGGGACGAGGAACCCUGGGGCCCUAUCGGAAGCUCAGAACCAAAUUAGUGGCUCCUUCCGAGUGAAUGCCCAAGACUUCAAUGCAUGCAUUUUGUGCAGCCCUCCUCCCCUGCCUCAGCCUUCCUAGUUUCCCUCAUGCCUGAACCUUUUCUUUUUUAACAUAUAGAUAUAUAACUGCUGUAUCAGAGAACUCAAUUUUUGAGACAGGGCAGGCUUUGGACAUGUAACCCACCACACUGUUUGUGACUGUGUGUGUGUGUCUCCCCUACCAGACUGUGAGCUCCGAGAGGGCAGGGACCGUGUCUUGUCCAUCCUCUGUACCCCCAGAGUGUGAAAAUGCUCGCUGUGUGCUUAAUAAACGGACAGAGGCUGAACCUCUUAGGGGAGACAGAGACAUAACUGAUGAUUGCCAAGUCCUGUGUAAUUUGGCAGAUGCUCCAGAAGAGGCCAGGAGUCUCUUGGGGGGUGACCCAAGAAUUGCCCCCUUUGCUGUCCAUCCAUGAAGACCUCUUCCCCACAUACACGCAGCCUGGUCACCAGCCUCACCCGCCCUCUCUCCUCAGGGAAGGACCCCACGCCCUCCAUGCUGGGCCUCUGCGGCUCUCUGGCCUCCAUCCCCAGCUGCAAGUCCCUGGCGAGCUUCAAAUCCAACGAAUGCCUGGUGAGCGACAGCCCCGAUGGCAGCCCAGUGCUUAGCCCCAGCUGAUGAGCGGCAUGGGCGAUGCCAGCCCCACCUGCCAGGGGGCAUGGACUACUGCCACCUUUGAGCCCCCCAAACCAGGCAACCCUUCAAGAAUGCCGACCACCUCGCCUCGGGUCUCUAGAGACAACCCAAGCCUCUUUCCUACUUCAGCUUCCUGCCAAGGCGGCAGGAGCUGCGCUGGGAAGUGGUGGGGCCAGGGGGAAGGGGCACCCAGGCCGCCGGUUAUCAGGCCCCUGGGGAGGCCUCUCCCCUGGUGGUUCUGAAACCAGCCGGGUUCCCUUUGCUCAUCUGCACCUGCCUCACGAGCAGGUGGUCCAGCCCUGGCAUUCCUGCUGCCCUGCCUCUGGUCUAACCUGUGUACCCUCUGAAGUCACCCAUCCUUGGUACCUGUGUGGGGAGAGAUUAGGCAAAUAAAAGCCGGAGGACUGA